UUCUGUUCGCAGGAUGUAUGUUCUACCCGGCCGGCGAGUACCUGCGCUUCGUGCGCAUUCCGGAGAACGUCCCCGUCGGCGGGGAGGUGCUGCAGGUGGAGGUGCACCCCCGGCGGAACCUGUCCCUGCGACCCGUCGACAAGGCCGACGAUGCGCGUUACUUCGCGGUGCGGGACGUGAACGGCAGCAUGGUGUCUAUCGUGCUGUCCAGGACCCUGGAGGACCUCGUGGACAGCGAUACCCCGCACAACGUGCUCAAGUUCCGGCUCGUCUGUGACUACGAUGACGGCGACGACACGAUAUCGUCGUACCUCUCCGUCACGGUGUACGUCGAGGACAUCAACGACCACGCCCCCAAGUUCCUCGACGCGCCCUAUCACGUCACCGUGGACGAGCUCACGCCCUCCGGCCUGACCAUCUUCCGCGGCAUCCACGCCGUCGACCGGGACAAGCCCAACACGCCCAACUCGGACGUGCAGUACUCCAUCGUGGGCGGCAACGAGGCGGGCAAGUUCGGGCUGGAGAGCGCGCACCGCGCCGCGCUCGUCAUCCGCAAGCCGCUUGACUACGACACGGGCGACAAAGAGUUCACGCUCACGCUCAUGGCCUCGGACCGCGGGUCGCCGCCGCUCAACUCGACGACCGAGAUCUCCGUGUCGGUGUUGGACAGCGACGACCUCAGCCCCAAGUUCACGCGAGAGCUGUACCGGACGCAGGUCACCGAGAACUACCCGCUCACG